GGAGAUGACAGUGAUGGAGACACCAGUGAUGGAGACGCCGGUGCAAAUGGGGACACCGGUGAUGGAGACACCGGUGGUGGAGACGCUGGUGAUGGAGAUGACAGUGAUGGAGACACCAGUGAUGGAGACGCCGGUGACGAUGGGGACACUGGUGAUGGGGACACCAGUGAUGGAGAUGCCCAUGGUGGAGGUGCCGGUGACGAUGGGGACACCAGUGAUGGAGACACCAAUGAUGGAGGUGCCAGUAACAAUGCGGACACCAGUGAUGGGGACACCAGUGAUGGAGACGCCGGUGAUGGAGGUGCC